AAGACACAAAAGCAAGAGGCAGCUUACUGUGAGCACCCAUCUCGUGGGAUCGUGCAAUAACAGAGUUACCUUCCACUGUAAGCUGAGCCCUGGGGGGAGCAGGAAUCUGUACUACACAGGCCUUGUAAGAGAUCCAGCAGAGCUCCUAUCUGAUAUUGCAGCUUGAGAAAUUUUGAGGUGUCUGUAAAGGUGUGAUCAGAAAAGAAGAUCCAAAGGCUGCACCGUUUAGCAAGGAAGAUCCAAAUUUCCAGAAUAAUUCGUCUUUGAUUUCAGUCAAUUAUUUACAAUAAGGUGUUGUUUUCAGAAUGAAAAAGCCUAUGACAACUCUCUCACGGCUGGCAAUUGUCAUCACUGUCUUUGUGGUGCUGGUGAUAGCGGUUCUUGUGACACUGUUCGUUGUCCACUAUUUCUUCAGUGAGAAAAAUGCUGGCUACAUGAUUGGUGUUGGUCGAGCUGACUGUACCGGCCCUGUAGCAGAGAUACCUUUUAUGGGCUAUGUGAAUCCAGAUCAGAUUGGUGCUGGCAUGAUCUCACGACUGUACUGUAGAGCAUUCAUCAUAGCAGAGCCCGACGACUGGAGCAAACGAGUGUUGUAUGUUACUGCUGAGAUAGGAAUGAUGUCUCAAAGGCUUAGGCUGGAGGUAAUGAAACAGUUGAAGGAAAGAUAUGGUGAUCUCUACCAGCAUGACAACGUAAUACUGUCUGGAGUUCAUACCCAUUCAGGGCCUGCAGGGUAUUUUCAAUACACUCUCUUCCUGAUAGCAGGGAAGGGGCUUAUAAAGCCAUCCUUGAAUGCCAUUCUCAAUGGGAUCCUAGAGAGUGUUGAUAUGGCUCAUCAAAAUAUGACAAAAGGACACGUUUUUAUCAAUAAAGGCUUGAUAGAGAACUCUCAAAUCAACAGAAGUCCCUUUUCUUAUCUUCGUAAUCCCGAGUCUGAAAAGCUCAGGUAUUCAUCAAAUACAGAUCAAGAAAUGGUGGUGCUGAAGAUGGUUGCUGACAACGGCGAAGACAUCGGACUGUUUAUGUGGUUUCCAAUUCACCCUGUCAGUAUGAACAACACCAACCGUCUUACAUGUAGUGACAACGUUGGUUAUGCAACUCAUCUCCUUGAAAAAGAGAAAAACGCAGGAUAUUUUCCAGGAAAGGGGCCGUAUGUAGCAGGUUUUGCAUCAUCUAACCUGGGAGAUGUGUCUCCGAACAUAAAAGGUCCACAUUGCAUUAACACGGGAGAAUCGUGUGAGAACUUCAACAAUUACUGUCCAAAAGGUGGGGCCACAGAGUGCAUAGCUUCAGGUCCUGGCAAGGAUAUGUUUGAGAGCACCAAAAUAAUUGGCAGAAACAUCUACUUGAAAGCGAAGGAACUGUCUAUGAAGGCCUCCGAAGAGAUAAGUGGCCCCAUCAGAUCAAGUCACGAAUGGGUGGACAUGGCUAACUUCACUGUGCAGCUCAAUGCUACUCACUCGGGAAAAACAUGUAAACCUGCUGUGGGGUACAGCUUUGCUGCUGGUACUGUAGAUGGACCAGGCAUCCUGAAUUUCACUCAAGGCACAACAGAAAGCAAUGCAUUGUUGGAUGCACUUCGUGAUGCAUUACUUGUUGAGCCAUCCAAUGAAACGAAAGAAUGCCACAGUCCGAAGCCCAUCCUGCUUCCUACAGGAGAGCUUUCAAAACCUUACCCAUGGCACCCACAUGUGAUUGAUGUUCAAAUAGCAACCAUUGGAUCUGUGGCAAUAGUGGCUCUUCCAGGAGAGUUUACGACAAUGGCUGGUAGAAGGGUGCGUGAAGCUGUUAAAAGUGAAUUUGAGAGUCAAGGGAAACCAGGAAUGAACAUUCUACUUUCGGGACUGUGUAAUAUUUAUACCCACUAUGUAACUACCUACGAAGAAUACCAGGCUCAACGAUACGAAGGAGCAUCCACCAUUUUUGGGCCACACACCCUUUCUGCUUACAUCCAGUCAUUCCGUGCUCUGGCCAGGGCUAUUGCUAAGGAUACUGUUCCGGACUUGCCCAAACUCCCAGAGCCAGUCAUUUUCAACAUAAGCCUAAACCUUUUGCUUCCUGUUCUCGAUGCAAAACCACUUGGUAUCAAAUUUGGGGACGUCGUACAAGAUGCACGGGCAAAGUACAGGGUGGGUGAAGUUGUUGAUGUUCAUUUUGUUGGUGCAAAUCCAAGGAAUUCUGCAGCAAAUAUGACCAGUUUCACAUUUCUCAUAGUAGAGAAAUUUGACAAUGCUUCCAGAAGUUGGCAAGUAGUGCAUGAUGAUGCCUCAUGGGACACCAGGUUCAUCUGGCAAAAAGGCAACUGGGGACGAAGCACAUCUCAAGUACAAUGGCACAUUCAAAACAAUACUGAACCAGGAACUUACAGACUACAAUACUUUGGUCACAGCAAAGAAUUGCUGAGCUCAAUUCAGGCAUUUAAUGGCUCAUCUUCCACAUUUGAAGUUUCAAACUGAAAUCUGCAAUUGUAAAAUUGGUAGCUAGAAGCUGGAAUGUUUAUCAUAAGGGUGAUUUAAAAUAUGGGAGGCUUUUGUGUAGCAAUAGUGGCCAUCUCCAUCCUUAGCCUCCCAAUAGGAUUGACUUCUGGUAUGAAUUCUGUGACAGUGUUCACAGUACUCACCAUUUGUUUACAGUCCUCUGCUGUGCAGUAGAAAAUGAGAUGCCAGGCGCAAUAGAGAUUGUAGGUUGGUUGUACAGGGGAGUACAUUUAAAGGGAGUAAAUUUAAAGACAGACAGCCAGAAUAUUUGUACCAGCCUUCAAGCAUUUCAAAUGAAACACUGUUGUUUCUGGUGUCUCAUUCUAGUCUGUAGCUUGUUGAACUUAUUCUUUCAUAACUAUUAUUUAAUAGCAUUUUCAUAGAUCACAGAACUGUAAAGUUGGAAGGGACCCUGAGUCCAACCCCCUGCAAUGCAGGAAUCUUUGGCCCAACAUGGGGCUCAAACUCACAACCCUGAGAUCAAGAGGCUCAUGUUCUGCCAACUAAGCUGAAAUGCAAAUUUAUAAGUCUAUUCUGUGGAAUAGUGUUCACUGCAGGUGUUCAAAGAUUUGUAACACGGGUGCUAAAACAUUGCCCAAAAGUUGUGCUGAGCUAAAUGGGCUACUGUGAAAACCUACUCAUUCUCUCAGGACAGAAAAAUAUGUCUGUAUUAAUGCAGCCCUGGCCAACUGGAUACCCUCCAAUUCCCAUCCACCCCAGCCAACACAAGCUGUCUAGGCCUAGUGGGAGUUGUUACCUAUAACACCUGGAGGAAGCCGUGUUGGCUACCUAGGAGGGCCUUAGGAAAGCAUACUGUGAAAAGUUGUAGGGAGGAAACAAUGAGCUGUAUCCUUGUGGCAGCACCACAUU